ACCGCUAGUGUCGAUUGUCGCUGCAGUCGGUAAAUGGACGUUUGAUGUGGUUGUUUGUCAAGAUAGUGCUAUUGUGUGUUUACAGUGAUUUAUUUCCCGUUGCUAUAAUCCUAAUUGAAGUAAAAGGUUUUAAGGAGUAGAUGAAGGUUUAUCUCCCCAUCCACGGAGGUUAUGGAAGAGACUUGUCCCUAUUUUUCGAAAGAAGAUAAUUUAUCGUAUAAAGCAAAUUUAUCACACCUAAUGACCCCUCGCGGUGUUAUAAAGGUGACAGAAUGUCUCGCAACAAAGACAAGCAAGAGGGCGCGGCCGGGCGCACUUACCACAUCAUGUCGGAGGCGGAGCGAGCUUCCGGCAGACGGGGCGGGUGGACCACGCUUGAGGUAACAGGAGGUGUGCGCGCGCUGGCGCCGCAGCUGUUCCAACUGACGCACCUCACCGCGCUGUACCUCAACGACAACUCGCUGCAGCGCAUACCGCCCGACAUCAGCCUCCUGGCCAACCUGCACACACUCGACGUCUCCAACAACAAGUUGCGCUCGCUGCCCGCCGAGCUCGGUGACCUUAUACAACUCAGAGAACUCCACUUGCACAACAACUACCUUCGCGCGUUACCUUACGAGCUCGGCCGUCUGUUCCACCUGCAGCUGCUGGGGUUGCACGGGAACCCCCUCAACAAGGAGAUGCUGUCGUUGUACAACGACUCCAACGGCACCGCCAAGCUGCUCACGUACAUGCUCGACAACUUGCAAGUUUCUGCCACGCAACCACCACAGAGGCCUUGGAUACCGCUCACCAGACCUAACAGGAGUCGUCCAACUUGCAUCUUCACGGUGAUGUGCUACAACGUGCUGUGCGACAAGUACGCCACGCGACAGAUGUACGGCUACUGUCCCAGCUGGGCGCUAGAGUGGGACUACAGGAAGAAGGGUAUAUUGGACGAAAUUAGACAUUACUCCGCAGACAUCAUUAGCUUACAGGAGGUAGAAACUGACCAGUUUUACAAUUUCUUCCUGCCUGAGCUGAAGCAGGAUGGGUACGAUGGGAUCUUCUCGCCCAAGUCUCGCGCCAAGACCAUGUCCGAGUCGGAGAGGAAAUACGUCGACGGAUGCGCUAUAUUCUUUAGAUCUGCUAAGUUCGCCUUAGUAAAGGAGCACCUUAUAGAGUUCAACCAACUAGCAAUGGCCAAUAGUGAGGGAUCUGAUAAUAUGUUAAAUCGCGUCAUGCCUAAGGACAAUAUAGGAUUGGCCGCCUUACUGAAGACCAAGGAAGCCGCCUGGGAGAACGUGGCUCCACAAAGUGACUACAUAACGCCUGAUGGUCUACCGACGGACACGUCGAUGAUCGGCCAGCCGAUCCUGGUGUGCACCGCGCACAUACACUGGGACCCUGAGUUCUGCGACGUGAAGCUGAUCCAGACGAUGAUGCUUAGCAAUGAACUGAGGAACAUUCUGGACGAUUCCGGACGCACGCUGCGCCAGGCCGGCCAGAGGGACAAUGUCCAGCUACUCCUUUGCGGGGACUUCAACUCGCUGCCUGAUAGCGGCGUGGUAGAGUUCCUGUCGUCGGGGCGGGUGUCGUCGGAGCACCGCGACUUCAAGGAGCUCGGGUACGCGACGUCGCUGCGGCGCAUGCCCAGCUCCGAGCACGAGUUCACUCACAACUUCAAACUCGCCUCCGCCUACAGCGAGGACAUCAUGCCCUACACCAACUACACGUUCGACUUCAAGGGCAUCAUAGACUAUAUAUUCUACAGCAAGCAGUCGAUGACGCCCCUGGGGCUGCUCGGGCCGCUGUCGCAGGACUGGUUCCGGGAGCACAAAGUCGUUGGUUGUCCCCAUCCUCAUAUACCGUCGGAUCACUUCCCGCUGCUGGUGGAGCUGGAGAUGUGUCCGAGCACGAGCGGCAACUCGAACGGACUGAUCGGGCGCAGGUAGCACGCGCGCCGGCCGCGCGCCCCCCGCGCUCCCCGCGCCCCGCGCGCCCCCCGCGCCCUCCGCGCCGCGCGCGCGCCCCGCGCCCGCCCCGCCCCGCACGCGCCGCACCCGCCAUAGCCCCAGCCGACCGCCACUUUACUCGCCUCCUGCCAUCUCUGACGCCCUGGUGUCGCGACGGCGACUCCGCUAGUACAAUCAACUAGAAAAUUGUUAUGGACUUAAGGAUUAUGUUCCGACGCUACUGCGGAACGGUGACGUCGCCACGCAACCGACUACAGUAAUAGAGUAAUAAAUUUUAUUAGUAUACAUAGUGAGACGUGAUGAGUGACGUAUGGGAGUAGACCCCGGAGUAGCACGCGAGCAGUCCGCGGCGGGAGUACCGUCCGCACGUAGCGUCGGACGGACGCGACGUGUUCGCCUCACCCCUCGUGCGUACAAAUUUUAUAAAAUAACACACCAAACAAUAUUUCCACGCUUUAAUUACUAAAUAUACAGAGAUAUGUACUUACAUAUAUAACUUUGUUUUUAUAGUAUAUGAUAUGUGAAAUGUUGUUAGAAUGUUGUAAUGUAGUGUCGACGCGCAUCUUCCGUCUCCUUCAUCGACGAGGUGUUAGUUGAGAUAAUGUAUUUUGUUUCGUUUUAGACGCAAUAGUAUGCCCGAGAACCGUUCUCUUUUCACUGGACGAUAAGGUACCGCGGUACGUAGUGUUGUCAUGCGAUAUGACAUAUUGGUAGUGUGUUUUAAUAGUUCGUUUAUAUUGGGACUAAAGCUGACGGGACUCGCAUGGAAUUCGCUUUUUAUAAAAAUCUAUGUCUUAGAAAAAUGUCCUAAAAUAAUGGCAAUUUGUAUUGUUCAUGUCGGAUUCCAUUUGGUCCCUCAGAUUUGGUCCCAGUACGUGGUGUAUGUAUGUAAAAUGUUAAUUAAAUGAUAUAAGCCGAAAAUCUCAUAGAGUAUUUUUAAUUUGUAACACAUUCCUCGUUAAAUUAUAGAACAAAACUUCCUUUAUAUCUUUUUAGUAGAAUUUUAGUACCUUUCUAAUUGGGCGCAUGCAAUAUUUUGAAACUAUAUUUUUCGUCACCAAUUGUCAAAUUGGUUUUUAGUGAAUUAAAAAAUUAGAUAGUAAAAUUGUUAAAAAGUUUUCGGCCUAUAUUUAAUUAACUAAAAUUAUUUUAAAUUGCUCUGACGUCUCAAAUAUUUUUUUGCUCAAUACAUAGUAAUAUCCUUCCUUUUAAAGAUUACCUUUUUGAACCACAUAUUAUUACAUAGUCUUGUUACAUUAAUUUAAUACAAUCGGUAACGCUAAUCUAGACACGAAUCUAAGGAAGAGUUACGUGAGUCAUGACCCCCCAAGAACAUUUGUUUUUAAAUAUAAUUUAUUUAGCACAAGUCAAUUAUAAAAUAAUUAUUGAUAGUUUAGAAAAGUCUUUUGACUUAUUUGCUGAUCUUCCAAUAAAUUGAAUCCUUGACUGAAGAAUAAAUGUUUUACUACGCUACAACUCGACGUUUUUGCUGACCCUUCUAAGUCAUGUCCUAUAUAAUAUAAUUAAAGAUAAAGCCCUUAUUAAAUGCAAAUAUAACCUUUGAUAUCCUAGAUUUUUCCCAUUCAAUAACCCAAUGGUCUGCUAUAUUGUUUCAUACUCUCUUAAAUAAGUUCAUUCCAGGUUUUAACGUAUUUUAUACCGAUUUACCAUCAAAAAAUAUCAAAAUAUAACGGUUCAAAAAGGGUAAUUCCGAUAACUGCUUAGAAAUCAUUCUUAGUGUGGUUAUUUCAGUUUUAGUUGUCUCGUAAUUUGUAGUGCUUCGAUUUGCUUGCAUUCAAUGUAGUUAUUCCAGUGAAUAGAUAACGUCAUGUCCUUUAGUGCGUUCUUUACGUGAAUUCUCUGGUAAAUUAUUCGUUUUUUCUUACCUUAACUACGUAGUGUGCUGUAAAUAAUCACUUUAAAAUCAACACAUUAAAAAUCAAAUCUAACCGUUACUGCUUUUUUGUAGCAAUUCUCAAACUUUUUUCGACAUUCUUGUGUUUCAUUUGACUUGUUGACAAAGAUAUGAAGAUGUAUCUGAUUACGGCCCUGUACAAUAGAGUAGGUAAGAAUAAAACGAAUUUUGCGCGCGUUUUUAGCCUCAGAUCUUCGAUGUAGCGUAGCGUUUUCUCUGUGCAAUCAUUUUUUUUUUAUUUCCACAUAUAUUUUAUUUUGAAUCUGGCUAAUUUGUAUUAGACGUUAAUAUUGACUAUUGUUUGUGUAGAUGUAUUGAAUCAAGACAUACGCUUAUAGGGUCAAUAAAAAAUUAUGUGAAUCGGUAAAGAUAAAAAAUAUUUUUUCAUUACUGUUACGACGACAAACUUAGUAUUUCGAAUGUAAAGUAUACAGUUGAGGAAUGGUACAAAUAUAAUGUGAAUUUAUAAAUAAAUACCUUCUUAGAUUAGAUUUAUUCGUUUGUGUUUCUUUUAUAGACAAUUUAGAUUUUUGAAAAAUGUGAUGAUUAAAUGAAAUUGUUUUCGUAAUGUCUACGUGCUCGGUCGAUGAGUGUGUCAAACGUCCAAUUACCAAUUAGUGGUGAAUAAAUUCCUCCACUGUAUAUAGACUAGAUGAUAUUUUAUAAUCAGAAAUUAUUGCAAUGUAUGUGUGUAGGUGAAUGUGAGUCUGGCGGGUGACCGCGUCCCCUGCCCGCGGGGGUCAGUGAGACGCACCGGUAGGUGGCGCUUCAUACCGCCCGCUGUGCCGCGUCCUCGACGUACAACAUGCGUGCUUGUUGUAUAUCGCACUAUAAACUUGCGCAAUGGAAAGCGAUGUUGAAAAGUAUCGAUUUAUCGAUGUUAUUCAACAAUUGCAUUUUCGAUUUAUAAAUGUUGAUGUCGAUAUUUUUAAUUGAACAUCUUGUUAGUUAUUGUAUUUAUACGUAUAUCAAAUGUAACAUAUAUAUGAUGGAUUAGUACCGCUGACGUCUUAAUUUACCUUCCAAGUGAUUUAAUUUCUGCUUCACAAAUAUCGAUAGUCGAUACAUUUAUACGUCGAUAUAAUUUCAACAUAGAUAUCCGAAAUUGCGCAAAUACUUGCACCAUCUUGGUGUACAUGAGAUUUGUCAUCUUAUACCAACUUGUACAAGUAUGCUUGUGUACUUGUGCAGAUGAGUGCGUGUACUGCACAGCGGGACUCUUGUACAAAGCGCUAUCUAGUUGGCACUGAAGCGGCUCGGUUUGUGACAUAGCUAUAUCUAAUAUCUUUAUAAAAUAACGUAAUAAUUCUUUUUAUUUUUGAUACUUACGUAAACCUUUUUGUCAAAUUUUAUAUAGUGACCAUUGUUGAAUCUAACACUGCCUACGAUGUGACGUCGCGUGUGUGCAAUAAAAUUAUUAUUAAAUAAGUGAUAACGAGCGUGAUAUAAGAAUAGAGUUGCAUUAAUUAGAAAACAACGUCGCUUUGUGUCGACGGAAUCUUUGUGAGGUGUUUAGACGCGUGUUAUGUACCAGCUGUCGCGCAUUGUGUAGAAGAGUUGUGGUCAUCAUUGUUUGUAUGUUUAUUAUUAUUUUUAAUCUGUAUCGUAAUGCGUCUGAAACGCAAUGAAGGCUGAGUAAGAUUAGUGAGUGGAAACAAAAGUUCGUCGUUUUGUCGACGCUCCAUCGACCGACUAGAGCAGCCAUUUUGUCUUCACUUACCGCGUAGGGUGUUGGUUUUUGUUGUAACCGUGUUUCAGUCGCGCGACAUAAUCUAGGCAAAUUUGAAAGGUCAAUUCCCGCUCGUGUGAACAGCGGCUCCAGUGUGUCGGGUCCUCGUGCAUGCUGCGUCACUGACGGCGAGUGGCGUGCGAGUGGCGGUGCGCCGGCGCGGCGGGCGGCGCGGUGUUAGGUUAAUGCGACAUCAUGUGUCCCAACAAACUUCUCAGCGAGACAAUACAACCCCCAUCCCCUCCUCUCCUCUCUCCCCUUAUGCUCUCGAACUUGUCGUUUUUUUUUAUAUAAAAUCUGUGUUCGUAAGUGGAGAAUUGUUUAACUUAGUGUUAAGUCUUCGAGGUGUUUUACUUUUUUACAAAUGGUCUCCCCUCUGCGGCCUAUCGUCGCCGGACAUCCCCGUUUAGUGUUAAGUAGGUUUAUUUCGUGACGGUCGGGACCCCCUCUCCCACUCGUUCUCAUUUUUGAUACUAUCGCGUUUCACAAAUUUAUCAUUAGUACUAAGGGUUUUCGAUUUGUGUAAAAAAAAAACAAUUCAGUAUUGACAUUAUCACGAGUAGCGGGGCCGAUCAAAAAUUAAAUAAUGUUAGUUGCAUUUUUUUUUGUUUAGUUUUAGUAAGUUUUUUUAAUUCAUGUUCCGGAGGUGUCCGACGGUGACUCCGUUCCCCUUUAGUAAUAGCGGGUAGCAUACUGGCGUAGUACAAAUGUAUGUGUGAGUGUUGAUGUAUUACCACGUGGCCGCGGUUAUUGCGUCGCGCUGUCUCCGUUGCCUCUCCAACUACAUUAUCUUUCGGCGGCGUCGUCCAGUGCUGUCGAUGAAUAGCGAAUUUUAGGUGUGACUCGGUGCGGUCUCUGAGCCGAAAGUCAUGCCCGUAGUGAGAGAGAAGUCAGACUGCGUUGAUACAACAGCUAUGUGUAAUAACCUAGUCAUAGGCUGAUGCGGACGGAUCCGCUAGGGCUGCUCCAACGACUAUGAUUUGUAACAUCGAUGUUUGAAUCGAUGUCGAUGUCGAACGGUCUGGCGAGAUCCGCCCGUCUCUAGCGUGUAGUCCUCGUUGUGAAGCGUUAGUUGUCUCAUCGGAAUAUUAAGUGAUAUUUACAAAUAUAAAUCAUUUAUAUUAAAAAAAAAACUAUUUGGACCACUGCAUUGUUGUGUGUACGCUUAUUUUGUGUCCUCUUCAUUUGAAUUAUUUAUAUCGAAUAAUUAAUUUUGAAUAUUUUUUUUAAUUCAGUAUAUAUAUUGUGUACGAAUAUCAAACGAUAGGUGCUGUUGAAUUUAAUUUUUAUUGUUACUAACGCGUUUGUGAUAGGAAUAUGUCUCUCUUGUAAUCAUUUGGAUGUAUUGUGAGAAAAAAAAAGAAUUAAGCCAAAUCAUGAAAAAGGGUAUAUUGAAUUAUUACUUUUAGGAUAAAUGGAGUUAAAAUGAAGUUUUAUACGAAUCAAAUUUUACUACUGACGCUGUAUAAUUUUUCUAAGUACAGAUAGAUUUUAAUAUCAUAUCAUGAUGUUCUUGUUCUAGUGGUGGUAUAAAUUAACGUAGAGAUUAAUUAAGAGAUGCGCAGGUCGGGUGCGUCGCGGCCGACCGGACCCGAACGGGGCCGAAUGGAGCCGAAUGGAUCCGAACGGAGCCGAACGGAUCCGACCGGAGCCGAAAGCACAAACUGUACAGAGUCGACAACUGCCUAAAGCCUACAAUAUUGUAUGUAUAUUUCCAUCGGCCGCCGCGCCGCUCCCGACUGCGCCUGCCAAUUUGCCUUCACUUCACUGCAAACAUUUUGAAAAUUUAAGUUUAUAUGUGUAUUCGGCACGUUUUUGCAUGUUAUUAGAGUUCAUAAAGUGUCCCAUGUUGAAAUGUGUAAGAGGAAUAGUAUUUUUGCAUUUACAAUGUUGUCAAUGAUUGUUUUUCUGUAUAAAAUUUAUUGUAUUGCAUAAUAAUGUAGACGGACGAUCACAAAUCCGAACAACGGCAUAUGUAUUUACAUAGAUACACUAUACUCGUACAAUUUGGCUUUAAUCAGACGUAAUGUGAGUCGUACUUACGAUUUGCGUCGAACGCAGACGACCGAUUGUCAUCAGUCACAGAUAUUAGUCGAACAGCGGCAGUUUUUACUAGAUAAAAUCACUGCUGUUCAUCACCAUUAGCGCGCAUUACCUCGCAUAUUCUAUCCGCCUCUCACACAAGUCAGAGUAUGUUAUAGUAUCAUGGAUUUAGCUCCGUUUGCGUAAGUCUCAAAUAGCACAUGUUAUAUAUUAGCAGAUUUAUAGUUCCGAUUAUUCUCGGUCGCCUGCGUUCGGCGUAGACGAAUAGUGAAGUAAACUUAGGAGUGUUGUCACAGUUAACGAUAUUUUUACAGUAUUUAUACAAGCCAACAGAACAUAAACACGAUGCGUGAGUAUCGCUACGAAUAAUUUAAAGCUUUAUCGUAACAUGUUUAUCUUAUUUGUAGUAGAACAUAUAUGAUCUCUUUAUUUUAAUAGAAUUUUGAUGGAAGUUUUUACUUAAUAGUUUUAGCGGCGUGUAGUUGAAUAGGGACUCUAUGAUCGCACAUUAAGUUUAUCACAAUCGCUGAACACUAAUUGAUUUACUAAAUCGAUGCCAUCCAAAUUGUAACAAUCAUUCGUAAGCGUCGGUGGAACCUCUCGCGUUCACAACACUAUUUUACAUUUUUUUUUUUGUUUUAGAAAACGCAUGUUUAUUACUUUCUAAUAUUGUGACGAAAUUGUUUUUUUUUUAUUUGUACAUACGUGUAUCAUAGUUAUUGAUGUAUGUAAAUAUGUGAUCCGGAUUUUUUAUACAUUAAUAUUAUAACGUGGAGUGCUGCGCCGAGGACGUUCCACCGCGGACCAUUUCGCUAAGUAAUUCGAAUUUAUCACGAGAAGCCUUCACAUUGUCUGUGUUUAAUUUGUAAAUAUGUAAUUUCGAUAACAAUUAAUGCUAAACAACGAGCGAGCCGUCGCAUAUUGUCAGCCGGUUGGACUUCUGCGCACACUGAACCGAAGCGGAUCCGCUUAGCGUUUUUAGAUGUAUCUUGACAGACAUUCCACAGGCACUAUCGAAUUAGCUCAAUGCAAAAGACUGUUUGACACUUAAUUAAAUGAAAGUAAUAUCAUAAAAAAAAAUAUUUUCUGAAGCACCUUAAUGACUAUACGAAAAAUGUGUUUUAUGGUGAUUUAAUGAUAAGAUCGCAAUGUGUAACUCACUAGCAUGUAAGAACAAAUGCUUUACGUCACUGUGAUAGACAAUACAAAUGUACCCGAGAGAGACACCAUAGGCAUUUAUAACGAAAGAGGUGGCAAUUAUGAAAUGGGGAAUGUUAGGAUGUACUCUCGGUGCCAGAGAUGGACACCGCUCGGCCUCGCGGACACCGUGUGGAACAAAUCAUUGACAAUACAUAUGACUAUCUCAAAUGCUUGGUUUUUAUUUGAGUGCAGUAUACGUUGAGGGACGCGGGAACGAGCGGUGUCUUCGUAUUUACAUGUUAAAGUAAAGUACAAAGCGUAUGUGCAGAAGUUCGGUUUCGGCUCGAUACUGUGUUCGAGCGGUGUAGGGUGUGCGCGAUAGUGCGAUUGAGCGAGUGUGUAGUGCGGUACUCGAUGCCGGUACCCGGUACCCGGUGCUGGGUACCCGUUACCCGGCGCCCGGUGCUGGGUAGUGCGCGGAGUGGCCGCAGCGCGUUGUUGUGCGGCCGCGCGGCCCGCGUCUCGCUGUUCUGUUUGUUGACACAUUAUGUAUAUUUGAAUAAAAUUAUAAGAUGAUAUGAAUUUUA